UCAAAAGCUCGCUGGUGUGUGUGAGUGUGUGAGCCUGCCAAACACUUGGGAGUGGCUCGGGAUAAAAUCCAGCCCAGGAGUCCUGCGGAGACUUGUCUGUGAAGGUGGAAAGAAAAUAAAAAAGAACUAGACGGAACAAAGAUAAUUACUUGACAUCUGUGUGGCGCAGGUGAACAUCAGGGACAACCGUUCACUCUCACAGGAUCUUCUCAAGGAACGUUAUUACUGUCUUUUGUGCAAAGCCAGAACUUUCUCCUGAGUUUCACCUGGACUUCAGUUAGUAUGGAAUGGAUUCGUUAACAAGGGAUACAAGCGAUUUGGGAGGAAGUUCAGGAGAGAGAGUCAUAACUGAAACAACAUUUUCGACCAGCAGACUCACAUCUUUACCACCAAAGGGCUUCAGUGGAUCAGGCAGUAAGAGCAUGUCCAGCAGCUCUUGGGGAACUGGCUUUGAGAAGAAUAUUCUAACUCAGAACAGCAGCACUUACUUCUCAUCCUCCUCUGUGGGUGUCAAUGCAGGCGGGUCAGGGUUUGAGUCUGGCCUGUAUCUGGGGGAUGAGUCCAGCGGGAACAGCAAGAGCAGAGGAGGAGGACGAGGAGGUAGUGAAAUUGUGUCUGCAUCAGGCUCAGGGUCAAAGGUCAGAUCCAGCUCCUCGGGUGGAGUGAGAAGGACACAAGGCUCUUCUUCCUCUCUCGGCCACUCCCCCACUUUCAUAGAGAGGAAGAGUAUGACCAAUCAGUCAGGAGGUUAUGACGGAAGUUCAAGUGCCAACUCGUCGCCAGAGAUCACGAGGAAAGACUAUGGUGCAUCUAGAGGAAGAUCUCAAAGCAGAGAGAGUGAAAUCAGGGCCAGAUUGCAGAGUGCUUCUCCCUCAACCAGAUGGACAGAGCUAGAUGAUGUGAAGAAGUUGUUAAAGGGCAGCCGCUCGUCUAGUGUCAGCCCCACACGUUCCUCCACCUCCUCCACCCUGCCCGUGCCCCGCAAAGCCACAGUGGAGACUAAGAUCAUCAAGCAAGGCACCCAGACUGUUUCAGGGCAGUAUGACAGCAGCAUUCUGGAGUCAGCACUCCCAUCCUACACAUGGACCAGCUCCACACUGCCCUCUAAUGUCUCAACUGGGUCUGCCUUUGCCUAUCAAAGCAGCACCAACAACAUGUCAGCAGGAUCUUCUCUUGCAAACAGCACUGCACCAUCCUCACUAUCAGUGUAUGGCUUCCAGAAUAACCUUGCCCCAACCUCUAGUGCAGUUCUUACAUCUAAUGGAGUUAACAUGUCAAAUGGAGUUAACACAUCAAAUGGAGUUAACUCAUUUAGCGGAGUUAACACAUUCAACGCAGUUAAUGCUCAUUCAGGAUAUGGUGUGCAGAAAAACCUCUCUCAGAGUGUAAGCAGCUCUGGAGUUGUUAGUACUGGAGUCUCCACUUCUACAGGCACUGCUGCACAGUCAGUCAAAGAUGAUGUACCACGAAAAUACAUUAUACUUGAGAAGGAGAAUAUUCCAUCAAAAAGGGACACAGAGGUGCUCAUUCUGUCUAAAGAUAGUGGAAAGCACUUCUCCAGCAGCAUCCCUAAUGGAAAAGGUGGGUCCAUUUCAGAUGUUUCACUGAAGAAGGAGACUUUGGCAACGAGCUACGCUGAGGCUGCUCCUGCCAAAUCUGCCUCAGGCUCCUACUAUGGAUCUUCUGUUGUGCCAACAAAAGAUAAAGCUACCUAUGCAGAGAUCCAUAAUGAUAAGGGCUAUGAUAAAGGAGGAGGGGGCUGUUUCGGCUGCGGUCCAAGCUGCUGUUCCUGGUGGAAGUGGCUGCUUGGGCUGCUUCUCAGCCUGCUGCUGUUGCUUGGCCUGCUGUUUGGACUAAUUGCUCUCAGCCAAGCCCUUAAUAAGCAAGCGGAGGAGGUGAGGGUGCUAAAAGCUCGUGUGGAUGCUCUGGAACGCCUGCCUUCUAGCGGUCAGGCCCACGCCAGCCGACAGACUGGCAGCAGUGACAUAAACAGCCUGCAGUCCGGCAAGUACAUGGACAGCGGAGCGGUCAGUUCUGAUAACAGUCUGAGUUUGGGAGCUGAUUCUGUCUCAGACACUACUGCCCUUCAGAAGACAGUACAGGGAUUACUGCAAGCUGAACUGCAGACAUUUAGAGCCAGCCUUGCCUCCUCAGUGAGAGGAGAAAGAGGACCACCAGGGCCCAAAGGUGACACUGGAGCUCCAGGACCCAAGGGACAUGAUGGUAUUCCAGGAGCACCAGGUCUUCAUGGAGCAAGAGGAGAUCCAGGCCCCGAAGGGCCAAAAGGACAAAAGGGAAGUGCAGGCGAUCAUGGUGCAGAGGGACCACAAGGAAUCAGAGGUCGAGAUGGGCUUCCAGGGCCUAGAGGAGAGCCAGGCCCAGCAGGCUUUGGAGAGAAGGGUGAAAGAGGGUCUCCAGGGGAUGCAGGAGCUCGUGGCCCACCUGGUCCAGUUGGCCCACCUGGUCCAAAAGGUUCUGCAGGUGUUAAUGGAAUACCAGGUUUACCAGGUGAACCAGGCCCACAAGGCUUCAGAGGAGAACCAGGCCCUGCUGGACCCAAAGGGGACAGAGGGGCUGCUGGACCACAAGGAAUUAAAGGUGAUCAUGGUGAAAAGGGAGAUCCUGGCAUUCCAGGUUUUGCAGGACCUCCAGGGAGACCAGGAGUGGCCGGUGAGAAAGGAGCCAAAGGGUCAGCAGGAUCACCAGGAGCAGACGGUGAAAAGGGUCAAAGAGGUGACCAAGGACCAAUCGGAUUGCCAGGAAUCAGAGGGCCAACUGGGCCACCAGGUGAUGCAGGACCUCCAGGAGUUCCAGGGCUUCAGGGACCACCAGGUAUUGCAGGAAAUCCUGGACAACCUGGUGUUAAAGGUGAAACUGGUGAACCUGGCAGAGUUAUCAAUGCAGCUGUAGGAGCUAGCUCUGUGGCAAUCCCUGGACCACCAGGACCCCCUGGACCACCUGGACCUGCUGGUUCACCAGGACUGUCAGGUCCUGUUGGUCCUGCUGGCCUUCCUGGCCAACCUGGUCCUAAAGGUGAUAAAGGGGAUCAAGGAGAAGCCGGAAUCUCAGUGGAAACCCGAGACAGCCCAUCUAGAGGUAAAAAUGGACCAUUUGGUUCUUCAAGUGUUUCCCAGGUUGUUCAGGGUCCACCUGGCCCACCUGGUCCCCCAGGACCUCCUGGACGCCCAGGAGACUCUAGACCUGGACCUCCUGGACCACCUGGAGAACCAGGCCAGCCAGGAUAUGGUAGACCUGGAGCAAGAGGAGAGAAGGGAGAUAGAGGAGAACCAGGAAGUUUUGUGCCCAACUCAGGAACAUUUUUCGCUGGACCACCAGGACCACCUGGGCCUCAAGGUCCUAAAGGAGACACAGGAUCCCAAGGACCCAGAGGAUACCAAGGAGAGCCGGGUCAGCCUGGCCUGCCUGGAAGAUCAGGAGGAUCAGAAGCUAGAUUUUCUGGUUAUGGAGGAGUUCAGGGGCCACCUGGGCCUCCAGGGCCUCCCGGGCCACAGGGUCAAAAGGGUGACAAUGGAGUUCCAGGUGCUCCAGGCAUCCCAGGAACAUCAAGAGGUUCAGUUGCACUCGGUGCCUCAGGGCAACCUGGCCCCCCAGGCCCUCCUGGACCACCUGGCCCCCCUGGACAUUCUGGAUCUGCUGCUGAUUAUCGCCAUUACAUCAUGGAGUACAUGCAGAGUGAUAGCAUGAGGCGUCAGAUGUCCAGUCUCCAGGGCCCUCCUGGCCCUCCAGGACCUUCAGUGUCCAUUGAGGAUGUGGCAGCACGAGUCAUCGCCUAUCUUCAGCGUUCUGGAAUAAUUGCUGGAAUGAGUGGUGGAGUAAGUGGUGGAGCGAGUGGUGGAGCAAGUGGAAGAACAAGUGCUGGAUCAAGUGCUGGAUCAAGUGCUGGAUCAAAUGGUGGAUCUAGUGGUGGAUCUAGUGGUGGAUCUAGUAGUGGAUCUAGUAGUGGAUCUAGUAGUGGAUCUAGUAGUGGAUCUAGUAGUGGCAUUUCUGUCAGUGACAUCAUUGCAUUAUUACAGAGGGACGAUGUUAGACGUUAUGUAAUUGGCCCUCCAGGACCACCUGGCCCAGCAGGAGGCGUAAGCCUAGCCAAUAUAGACACACAGGAAGUGGCGACCUAUGUCAUCAGAAUAAUGAAUGAGCGAGGACUGACAGGUAGACCUGGACCUCCUGGCCCACCUGGUCCUCCUGGACUCCCUGGUCAACCAGGGUCCACCUACAGUGACAUCACUGCUUUGAUUGAGAGAUCAGGGCUUGGUGCAAGUAUUGGUCAUCCAGGGCCUCCUGGUCCUCCAGGGAGACAGGGCCCACCUGGCCCAGCUGGCCCAUCAGGUGUCUCAGGUUCAGGAUAUCGACUUGAAGACAUCCAAGUCUAUCUGCAGAAUUCUGGCUUCACGGGUCCUCCUGGCCCACCUGGCCCUCCAGGACCUCAGGGGCCUCCAGGGAACUCAAGGAGCACAGUUUCAUAUGACAGAGCAAGCCAAAGUUCACUCAUUCGUGCUGAGCUUCAGGAGUACCUCAACAGUGACUCUAUGCGGCGCUACACAUCUGGUCUGCCUGGUCCUCCUGGUCCUCCAGGGCCUCGUGGUGAGAAAGGUGACCGUGGCGAGCCUGGAUACAGUACUGGUGGUGGUUACUACUACGGUGCUGACCGUAAUGGGGCCAGGUUGACCGAAACAGACUACUCCAGUGUUGCUUUGAGAGUGACCGACUACAUUCGGAGUCAGGGUCUGCUUCAGGAAAUCAAUGAUGAGUACUGGCGAGGACACUCCAUGGGCAUCCAAGGGCCUCCUGGACCUCCUGGUCCACCAGGUCAACCUGGAUACAGCCGUGUUUUUGCUGCCUACGGGAAUGUGACCGCUGAUCUUGUGGAUUUCUUCAGAAUACAUGGCACUAUUCCAGGCCCCCCUGGAAGACAAGGACAGAAAGGAGAAAGAGGAUAUCCAGGACCCAAAGGAGAUAAAGGUGAGACGGGAAGACAAGGAAUACCUGGUGUUCAAGGGCCGAGAGGUCAUGAGGGGCCAAUGGGACCAAAGGGUGAGAAAGGUGACAGCCAGUUUGGUCGGCGGAAAAGAAGCAUUGGCGUGUAGAGGCUUACAUUUCUGUCUGAUUUACAACACACUUUUUCACUUUAUGGUGGCUUUUUAUAUGGCGAAACAAACGUAGAAGGAGGAAGCAUAUGAAAUGUGUAGGCUUAGUUCUCUCUAGCGCACAGUAGUUCAGCAGGCCUGAGGUGGUCAAUUUUAUAUUUUCUCAAAGCUUCCUGGUUAAAUGCUUGGUGCAUGGCAUUUAAUCCACUUUACUAAAGCAUAUUAUGUCUUCCGAAUUUCAGAUAAAAACAUUUUUUUAAAUGUAAGUGGUAUUUUUUAGAAUGUUUCUUACUUCAGUAUCUGUACUACUUCAGUUUUUAAGCACAAAAUGGGUCUUAUUCACCAAUUUCUUCUUAAAUUUCUUCUUAAAACCCACUUGUUUUCAUAAAGAUUCUGACAAUCACCAAUGUUUUCUCUUUUGGGAUUUGUUCUUGGGUAAGAACAGAAUCUACACACUCAAGAGCACAAAUGUGCACACAAUUCUGCACAAUUCAGAACUUGUCAUGAAUCCGAUGUAGACUUUUUCUUAGGACCUUUCUCAAAACACAUUUAAGAAAAAACUUAGAAAGACAUUGGUGAAUGAGGCCCGAUGUUUUUAGCACAAAAUGCUACUCAGAUGAACUGUGUAACCUAAAAGGUUUUGUUUUUGCACUACACCAAAUUGUUAGAAUGUAAUGUGAUGAGGUAAAGUUAAAAUAGCUAAUUUGACUUUCUGAUUUGACUUUGAUGUUGAAAACAAUUUUGUAUAAGUUUAAUUAAAAUAUCUUUGAUAAAAAAAAUUA